GGCCGCUUCGCAGGGCGGCAAUGGCGGCGCCGAGGCGCGGCCUAGCCCAGCGCAGUGUUCGGGGGCUCUGACAGCGCUUCCCGGGGCGGCUCUGGCUUCCCGUCCCGUCCCCUCUGCCGGCAGCAGGGAUGGACCAGCGCCUGUCUGAGCUGGUGGAGGAGCUCACCACCUCGGGGGAGCCGCGGCUGGAGCCGGGCAGGGUGAAGGAGCUGAAGAGGAUCUGCAGGUCUUCAGAGGAACACAUCAACCAUGUGUAUCACCUGCUGAUGACGCGGCUCAACGAGGAGCAUGCCGAGAUGCGCUUCUCAGCUUUCCAAAUCGUGCAGGAGUUGUUCAUCCGAUCCCAUCAAUUCCGGACUCUAAUUAUUUCUAACUUCCAAGAGUUCUUGGAGCUGACAGUUGGGAUAGACCAUGAGCAGCCUCUUCCCCCACCAAAAGAGGUGGCGCAGAAACUGAGGAAAGCAGCCAUUAAGGCAGUGCAGGAGUGGCAUGAGAAAUACGGAGAGGCUUACAAGAAGCUCUCUCUGGGAUAUCACUUCUUAAAGCAGAAUAAGAAGGUGGAUUUUCAAGAUGUGCAUGCCAGAACUGUGGCUGAAAAGAAGAGGGAGGAAGAGAAGCAAAAACGACUGGAUAACAUUUACAAAGAAAAAGCCAAAAGAGCUGAAAAAGAAAUGGAAGAAAUGUCCCACGAGAUUGCCGACACGCUGACAGAGAUGGAAAACUGUUUCCAGCUCCUCAUGCCAGAUCCUUUCGACUUCACUGUGAAUGUCACAGAAGUGGAACCCAACAAACAAAUGCCUGCUGAUCAGGAUAGACCGGCAUCCACCUUAUCCUCCCAGACGGAAGUUAACCAGUCCUAUUUUGGAUGCAUGGAUGAUGAACAGCCAUGCUGCAGCAAGGACAUUCUCUCUGUUUCUCAGUGCGGUAGAACUGAUAAAGAGUUAGAUGAGAAACAGGAGAAACCUGAGCAGGAAGGAUUAGAUGGAGACACAUGCUUGGAAGUUCAGUCUGGUGUCCCUGCUUUCACUGAUGAUGAUUACCAGACUUUCGUGCGGAACCAUGGGCUUAUUUCACAUAAGUAUACUCUAGACCUUGAAAUCUCCACAGAUAUACAAGUGCAUGAGAACGAAGAUAAUGCUGCCAUAAUAAAUAAUGUCACGGAUGCUCACAAACUCCUCAAAAAUAAAUUCUGGCCUUCUGUGCAGUCCUGGAUUCAGUUAUUUACCAGAGCAGGAAUAAAUGAUGAUCGGCUAAGAUGUGCCAUUGGUCUCAAGAAUAAAUUGGAGACUGCUAUGAAGAAAUACAAGGAAAUGAAUAUUUCCUUUAAAGAGAGAAAAAGAAAAGUGAUGAAAGCCUCUGGUGAUGACGAUGAUGAUGACGAUGAAGAUGAAGACGAAUUUGUGGAGGUCCCGGAGAAGGAAGGUUAUGAGCCCUACAUUCCAGACCACCUGCGUAAAGAAUAUGGGCUAGAACCCCAGUCGCCUCCAAGAGCACCGGUGGGGAAGACAUCGAUAGGACCAGCUCCGGUGAGCUCCUGCAGCCAGCUGAAAGGGAAUGAAGACGAGCUUGAUCCAACCUGUGCAGCUGCCACGCUGAAACUCAUUAGAGACAAACUACCGAAGUUACCACCUCCACAUGCCAGUGAUUCUGCAACUACUGAGUCAGCAGCCUUGGAAGAGCCCGACAGUAAGAGAAGAAAACGAGAAGAGGAGAGAGCUAAAGCUCCCCUCAUGCCUUUUGGAUUAGAUCUUCACUACUGGGGACAGGAUCAGCCAAGUGCUGGAAAGAUUCUCAAAUUUACUUCUGAGCAUCGAUUUUGGGCACCCAGUGAAGUAGAAGAAGAGGUGGAAAAUAAAGAAAUAACAGAAAUGUUAAAAACUAGAUAUAUAACAUUUGCUGGCAAGUUUGAACCAGUGAAACACAAAUGUCGAGCGCCAAAGCCUGAUGGAAGUCUGUGUGAAAGACAAGAUCGGAUAAAGUGCCCUUUCCAUGGAAAGAUAAUUCCUCGGGAUGAAUCCGGGAUUCCCAUUAGUGCAGAGGACAGAGCCAGAGAAGAAAAGAUGCGGUUUGAGAAGCAAGCAACUCAGCCAGAGUGGCGAGAUCCAGAAUUCAUGAGAGAAGUUGAAGUGGCUACAGGAUUGGAUCUUGGUUCCUCUAAAAUUAAUGGAAAAGAAGGGAAAAAGAAAGGGAAGAAGAAAAAAUAUCCAAAUCUGACAGACCUGAAGCAGCAGGCUAAUACUUCUCGUUCCCGGCUUGAGAAGAAAGUCUUCAAUAAAGGUGCUGUGAAACGGGUGGUGAAAGCCAUGAACCGAGCUGACCAAAGAAAGCACGAGAAGUUUGCCAACCAGUUUAACUAUGCACUGAAUUAAAUUGUAAUAAAAUGAAGGGCAAAGAAGAUUAACAAGAGUGCAAUUGCACAAAACCUUUAGCACAGAUCUUCAUAUUUACACUAAAAUACUGUGCAUUUUCACCGGAGUAAUUUUAAAAAUUAUUUUCAACUUUAACUUAUUUGAUAAUGAACAUUAAUUUUGGCAAAGAUUUGGUGAUGUAGAAGGGAAUGCAUUUAACAAGUUGAUAAUUAUUUGAAAUAUACAUGAAACGGAGCACAUUUUAUGACUUUUAGGUUUUUGGAUUUGAGUUUUUUUUCCACCCUAAGGGACUCAUAUAAUUUAUAUCUCCUUUGCCAACAUGUGUGCAUCCACUUUCCAAAACUUCAGAAAGAAGAUGCCUUAGAAAAAGUUAGUUUUUUACCAGAGAUGGCAAUGCACAGAGGAUUUAUUCAGCCUACUAGUCUAGAAAGUGUGCCACAUCGAGCAGCACAGUGGCUUCUGCAGUACCUCUGAAGACCUCUUGUGUAUGCAAUGAAAAAGACCCCAAAUCAACUGAUGCCUUCAGAUAAUGGAUGCAGUAGAGUAGACUUCAGCAGACUGAAAUCCAAGAACUAAUUCAAAGUUGGUAGCUGUGGUAGUGGAAAGACUGAAAUGCCAAAGGGCAUCCUGGUCUGCUUUGCCAAGAUGGUAUUCCAGUAUCUUGCAGAACUACAUCUGGAAAGCACGUUGUGACAAUUUGUUGAUAGUCAGAAUGUGUUGCAGUUUAACUGAUACAAAGAAUUUUGAGCGCAAAGUGAAAGUAUGAGGUUUAAAAAAAAAAAAAAAAAUUAUUCAAGUGGUGUGUUGUACUAGUGAACUGCCUGGCUUGAAGCCGUUAAAAUUACAUCAGUCUUGAGCCCGAGAAUGCAUCGAUGGAUUCAGAGAUAAACAGAAGCAGUUAACGUGCAUAUUGAGAUCAAGCAGCUGGAUGGUUUGUUGUAAUUGGCUGGGUACUUAACCAGAUCUCCCAAACCUGCAUGGCUGGCUAUAGUCAUGUUUUAAGCAGAGUGAACCAAGCAUUGACCAGCUGAGCUCUUGCAGGGUUUUGUACAGCUUUAUGGGUGAAGGAAGUCCAGAAUAUCAAGGAGAAAUAGAGUGUUUGAAAAUCAAUUUCAAAGUGAAAUGCAGAAGUCUUCAAUAAAAUCCAGAAUACAAAUUAGGAUGGAUUCUCUGCAGCACUGGCUCAGUCACUCACCCAUUGGAGGCAUUUCCACAUGCAUCAACAAACUAUAAGAAUUAAAAAAGGAGGAAAGUUAAGCUCCUUGGUGGUGUAGCUUCUGACCACCUCAGAUGAGAACUAAUUUACAGUUCUGCCAAAUACCUUUUCAUUUGCACAAGUACUGCUUAGAAAGCAAUUCAUGCUGAAUCUUGAUAGUUUAUCUCACAAGAGCUCAAUGCUUUGGAAGACGUUUUCUUUCUUCAGCACAGAUAUUUAAAAGAUGUACUUCUAAACUACCAGAAAUAAAAUAAUAAAUAGUUGGAAUUUUGAAGGAUUUUUACUGCACUGAAAAGCAAAGCCGCUUCUACUAUUUGACUGGCUAACUUAGCAGUGAAGGCUUCAAGUGAAAACGUAGAAGAGGACAAACCAAGUUCAUCACCAGUUCCAUUGAAUCACUGCUAAAUUGAUUUUAUUUCUUAUUAAGGAUAAAGACACAAAAAAUAAUUGAAAACAAGCAAAACCACCACCACCAAAAUUCUAUGGAUCUGAACGUAGUAUAGAUCAUUGGGUAGGAUCCCAGAAUAGUCUGUAUAGAACUGUUUUACCUUGGAGACUUGACGUUCAGAAGAGACACAAAUGUCAUUGUGUCACUAUACCAGACAUUCUUGAGCCUGCACAGACUGAAGGUGUUCAUUUAUAAGACAAGUUCUCUCUCCUCCCUGUAAAGAGAGUGGGGAAUUUAUGUUCUACAGUGGCACUUUACCCUUCUUGUCUAUGGACAUGAGAUGUCAGCACUAGAAAAUUCCCAGCAGACCGUAGGUGCACUUUACCCCAUUUUGGGCCUUUAGUAAAAUUAAAAAGUAACCAAACCCAAACGCUGGGAUUGGAAAGGGAAAUGGUAAAAAUCUAUGUGGAAAACGUGUGCUUGGUGAGUAAUGCUUUAUUGUAACGCUACUCAGUCACAUCAGUUCUAGAAUUAUCAGCCAAAACUUCCUAUCUGGACCUGAGUGUCUAGUCCACCAGUUAAAUCUGAUCCUGUCAUGUAAUUGGUGUACUCUCACCCUUUCUUUAUUAAAAGGACACAUGCAUGCAAAAAGGCCUUUUUUCUAGAGCCCCUCUUUCAUGCAGAAAGAGAAUUUGCAGAAUUAGGGUUUCCUAGCAAGUGACUUGGAGCUGGCUGACUCGGGUGCACGGACUUUGGCCAGGUUAGGAAUAACCUUUUUUAAGCUCUUCUACUUUUCUUCUUAUUUCUGUUUUUGUUGCAAGAACUUUCUUUGUCAGGUGAGGAAUAUACUGAGAUGGAUAGGAAUUCAUUUCUUUCUCUUUCUGCCUUGAAGCAAGAAGGACUGUUGACUCUUCAUAGGAGAAUCAGUUAAACACGCAUGAUGUUAGCCUGGCUCUUACCUGCAUGCAUCUUCCCCUCAUCCAGCAUUUGAGAAACCCAUGUUUCCUCUGCAAUAUUAAUUACUGUCUCAUUUAAUCAAAUGAUUUAUCUGUAAGGCAACUCGGCAUAUUUACAUAUAACAGCUCUUGAAUUUUGCCACUUAAGCAUUCUUGUUAGACCCAGUCAGACAAAAUUCAGAGAAUUUUAGGAGCUUUCCCCUUUUCCUAAGUUUAUGUGUAGCUCUGCUGAAGAAAAUUUUUAAAAAGACAUCUAUCUCCCCAAGUCCAGCAUACCUUCAUUACACAGAAAUCCUUUUAAAUUCAAGAUAAAUUAAUCUACUUUUUGCAUACAUCACACCUCUUUGUGCAUCACUUUAUUUACAGCAACUUAGAAAAUCAAAGUCUCCAGCUCACCAGCUCUUCAAGCAUCGUAGUUGCUAAACUGUCUGUGUGACAUUUCUACUGGAACUUUUUCUCUUCCUGUCCUCAGGGCUUCUGAAAAUGAAAAAAAGUUAAUAAAAUAAAACUAUCAUUGACGUAAUUGUGCUUUU